UAAGUGGCUAACCCGGACGUCUACAUAUGUUACAACCCGUAACCACGACAACGGCGUAAGACGUCGCCGCGGGAGAAUCAUAAAUGCUAAAGUAGCAGCCUCUUACCCUCCGCUAAACUUUCAAACUGAAAGUGUUUAAAUGGAGAGGCGCCAUUCGGGAAAAGAAAAGCUCAUCGUACCAACAGAUUUCACGGCACCACCGGUUCAAAGAAAUACUCAGGAGGACCUGGUACCUCCAUCACAUUUUGCAUCUCAUGCCAAGUCUGUUGGAGCACCCAGAGGCAUUCAGAUCUCAAGGACACCGCCACCCAUCCCCUGGAUAAACCCAGGUGUAAAAACAGUGGCUUCAAGCCAUAUCAGCACAGCUAAUCCAUGGCUCGCCGUCACUCAGGCCCAACAACAAAUCUUGGAACUGCAGAAGGAAAAUCAGCGGCUCAUGAUGCUACAAGUAGGCAGCACAACAGGACAUGCAUCAGACAGGACAAGAGCAACAGAGGAAAGGGAGCAGUGGUCCAGACGGGAAUCAGAGUGGCAUUUAGAAGCAGAGAAGCACAAGGCUGAGGCUGAGAGGUUGAAGGGACAGGUGGAGGGUCUGACAGAGGCAGCAGGAAGACAGAGGGAGGCACUAAGAGAAAAAGACAGCAUGCUAAACAGACAGAGUCACGAAAUUACAUUAAUACACGAAGAACUGUGUAAGACUCAGACUGAACUCAGCCAAGUCAAAGAAGAGCUUAGCCAGUGCACCGUGCAGAAUGGCAGAAUAAACUCACAGCUUGAAAGAUUACAGAGGCAAUCUUUUGAGGAAGUUACAAGGCUGAAGAGGGAAGUGGAGAGGAGCAGGAAGGAGGCUCAGGAGCUUGCUCUGAAGUCUGGGGUUGGCAGGCUGCAGGCUGAACAGGAGGCCAGUCAGCAGACUGUUACACUCUCAGAACAACUGAAAGAAUUGCAGAUGAAGCACGAGAUGGAGCUGCAACACUUGACCACGUCCUACUCCUCAAAGCUGACUGCAGCAAGUCAAGCUCAGAGCGAACUAGAAGAUAAAGUUCAGUCAGCGGUCUCAGAGGUGCUGCAGCUGAAGACCAGUCUGACAGAGACAUGUACUGAGAGAGACGGGCUGACGGAACAGUUAAGCCAAAUGGGACAAGCGUUUGAGACACAAUGUGCAACACUGCACAGCCUCAGAAAUUACAUUGGCCAGUUUGCCUCAGAGAAGGGAGAGAAGGAACGAUUAAAUGGAAUGGUUGAGCAUCUAAACAAAGAGAAAGAGGCUCUUCAGAGGACUGUAGAGCUCUUGACCGUAAGACUUAACUCUGUGAAUGAGAUACUUGCUCUCCAAGAAGAGAAAAUGGUGGAGAAGCUUUCAUCAGACCCACUUGUGAAGAAUAGAUAUGAAGGCCUUCAGAUGCUUCAACUCUGGAGAGAGAAAGUCUUCAAGUUAUGUGUACAGCUUCGUACAAAAGACAUAGAACUCAGAGCAGAGAAGGACAAAUUGCUUUCAGGGCUCAGAUCAAUCGAGCAACAGCUUCAGCAGCAACACCACCAGGCAAACAUACUCCAACACAGUCUUGAUGAUAGGAUAGCUGAGCUGGACCUGGAGAGAGUUGAAAAGGAGACUUUGAAGCGGGAUUUGGUCCAGGCUCACAAGGAGAAUUCACAAAUGAUGUCACAGAUACAGAAAAAUGGGGUUGAAUCACAAACGCUGGCAAAAGCAGUUCAGAGAUUUAAAGUAGCAUUUGAAAGUAAGGCAGCAGACGUUAAUGCAGCUCAAGCGAGGCUCAACACCGUUAGCCAGAGACUAGCUUUCGCAAAACGACAAGUGGAGACAAUCCAAGUAUUGCUGAUGAGGCGAUCAACUUUGCACAAAGUGCAACAGGCCAGUAAACAGUCAGAGGAGGCUGGUGACAGUGUCAGUGUCCUCCAGACAGAGCUUCGUUUGGCGUGUGAAGAGCGAGACAUGCUCACACAGGAGCUCAAAAGGACCCCGAAGCUGAUCAAGAAAGCUUUGGCUGAUCUGCAUGAACAAUAUGAGAACAAAUUCAGGCAGCAGCAGAAGGAACUGGAGCAGAGCUGGAUGGAGGUCCAGCAAGCUGCAGCAGGCCGUGACGAGUCUCGGCGGAUUCUGCAGCAGAGUCAGGAGCAGCUGGAGGAGAGCAAGGUCAUGUUAGAGAAACUUCACUCUGAGCUGCUCAGUCAGCAGGAGAACAGUGAGCGAGUCCUGCGGGACAGAGUGGCUGAGCUCGAGGACUCUUGUGCUGAGAAGCUGAGAGAGAUGGAGGUCGACGUUAGCACGGCCAGGAGAGAGCACACCAAAGCAGUAAUGACUUUGCGGCACUUUGAGAGGCAAGCAGCAAGGAAACUGGAUCAGAUGAGAAAAACUCAGCUUUUGCAGAGCAAACACACAAAGAUCAAUGAUCAGAAGAAGCAACUGAAGGAGGCACAGUUAAAUGUCAGUGAGGGAGAGCUGAGUGAUUACACAACAGCCCUACUUCACAACUCUGCCGAUCUCAAGGACAGAGGAGAAAAACCUUCAGAGAGCAGCUGUGAAGGAGUGAUGUUACAUCUACCUGUAGACAGUAGGGAGAGACUUCUGUCUGUUCUGGAGGAGCUCCAAACUCUGAGUGCUGCAGUGAUCAACAGCUCUGAGGACUCUACAGAGGAGGAGGAGGAGCAUCAGAACAGCAUGGGCCCGUCCACAACGUGUCCACACAGCUGAUACCCGAAGAAGACUAACAGGGCUCUGAACACACCUUUAAUUAGGAUGAAAGGUGGGCAGUUUUAAUCACAGCUAGGGAGGUGAUUGGUUGGACCCACAUGUUG